AGACCUUUUCCUUGAGAGAUCUCAUGCACAAUCUCUUUCACUAAAUCCCCCUGUAAAUUCCCAUAUAUCUGUCCAGUAUUGUCAGAAUGAGUCCAGUUUCCAGUAACAGGUCAGGAGAGAGGUCAAAUGAAUGUGGUCAUGAGACCAAACUGUGUGCUAGAAGAGCUCACUGGAUGCCUCAGGAGGACUGCAGGCUAAGAGAUCUGGUGCUACUCCAUGGCCCUCAGAACUGGAAUCUCAUAGCUGCUCAGCUGCAAGGAAGGUCAGGGAAGAGUUGCAGGCUGAGAUGGUUCAACCAGCUCGAUCCGAGCAUCGACCGAACCGCGUUCACCGAGAAAGAGGACGAGAAGCUAAUUGUAGCUCAGGGAUUGUACGGCAACAAGUGGGCUAUGAUCUCCUGCCUCUUUCCCGGUCGGACUGAUAAUGCAAUCAAGAACCAUUGGCAUUUGCUCGAGGCGAGGAAGUGGAGAGAGGUGCAGCCUGAUGGCUACAGGAAACGGAGGUUUAAGAAAUCUGAACCCACCAUUAGAAGCUAUAUAUCACAAUCAGCGUCAUCAGAAGUUUCAUGCACUGAAAGAAAUGAAGAGCGCAGCUGCUUCGAGCGUAAUGCAUCACCUCCAUUCAUAGAUUUUCUUGGAGUAGGAGACAGUUGAAGGAAGAGAGAACUAUACACAAUUAUAUUUGUGCAUCUGUUUUAAGAUUCCUUUGUCUUAUUUGAUGAAGCCUCUUUCAUUCCAAAUUUGAUCCACCGAAGAACAGCUUUCCAUGCUUGCCUUGAUCUGCAUUGAUCACAUGGUCUGGUCUCUACCAUAAGGCUACCAACUCGAGCUUUUUUGGAAGCAGCCAAGGUUACAAAUAUGACUUGUGUGGACGCUUCCAGUGCCAUCUUAUCUGUUGUCCUUUUCGUGGGGUGAGUUAUAGGUCCGCCUGGCGCGUAGCC